AUGGGUGAUACUAACGAUACGGAGCACAGCGCCCCUCCUGAUGCAACCUCCAGUGGGGAGCCUUUUUUGGACUUUGAUCCUGGUACACUUGAGUCGAACGCAUAUGAAUCUGCGUUUGAGAAUGGAUUGGGAGAGAAUGAGUUCGAAUUCAACUUUGACGAUUUAUGGUCUGCGGAUAUGACCCAACUCCCUCUCACGGUAGAUGACACCGACUUCACACAGACCCAGCUUCAAGGCGAUACCAGCUUGCAACGCGAUGGGCUACAGCGCCCAGGGACUGAUCAACUCGCACUCAACUUCGGGGACCUCAUGAGAAAUGUUUCUGAAUCUCCAUCUUCAACUCGGUCACCCAGCAUCCUUACCCCGCCAGUCCCUUCUCCCCUCCCGCCAAAGAUCGGUCAUCGCUUCACUCUCGAUGCCAUCCGCUCCUUGAAAGACUGGUUUGCUCGAAACUCCGACAACCCUUAUCCAAAUGAAGAAGAAAAAAAUAUGCUGGAGCUCCAGACCGGCUUGACCCGAACUCAAAUUACUAAUUGGCUAGCAAAUGCCCGAAGACGGAGAACUACUACAGAUAGCGGAACUCAGACAGCUUCAGGAAAGUCUGGCAAGGCUCCUGCCGAGUAUACGCCAACACGAGCUGGUACACCGAUACCACGAAGAAGAUCUGAGAAGGGGAUGCAUCCUUUGCAGAGAUGGGUCGACUCACCACCUGAGAAUGAACCGGCUGCUGUGUCUGCUAUUGCCCGGGCGAUGGCUUCGGGCCAAUUAGUCACAUCCAGAAGUCGAAGUCGGAGAGGCACGUUCUCAAGUGACGAGAGAAUACCCCGGAGACGUGGCCAUAGAUCAACGACUAGCAGUCUCGGAACAUCGAGAAGCACAUCGGCAGAUUCACGUUCCUCCCACGGCUCCAUUAGUGGUACCUCAUCACACAGUCGAGGCAGGUCGAUCCAAAAAAGGAGACCCCAGAAAACAUCACUUAUGAAACCCCGCCUCACAUUCCAAUGUACAUUCUGUACCGAAACCUUUAGCCGGAAAUACGACUGGCAACGUCAUGAGAAUUCAUUACACCUGUCUUUAGAACGGUGGGAGUGUUCCCCUGACGGCCCAACAGCCACAGAUCCAGAUACUGGCCAAAUAAUCUGCCUAUUCUGCGGAGAAAAUAGCCCAAGCGGUGAGCAUAUAAGUGGCCAUAAUCCAUCUGCAUGUCAGGAAAGAUCGUUUAGCAGGAAAGACCACCUCAAACAACAUCUGCGCCUGGUACACAACGCUAAAUUAACUGACCUUUCCAUGAAACUGUGGAGGACAGCACAACCAGAUAUCAUUUCAAGAUGUGGAUUCUGUCAAGCUUCCAUGACUAGAUGGAUUGAUAGAGUUGAUCAUGUUGCUAACCACUUCAAGAUGGGAUGUACGAUGAAUAAUUGGGUUGGCGACUGGGGAUUUGAGGAUGACAUCUUGAAGACUAUAGAGAAGGCUCUACCACCAUACUUGGUUGAAUUGGAACGCGGGACUCCAUUCCCCUUCGCAGCGAGUGGCAAACCACCCGAUUCUCCUCGAAGUGCAUACGAGCUCAUCACGCUCGAGUUGGCAUAUUUUAUCUCGAAUCACAACGACAAUGUUGGAAGUCUGCCGAGCCACGAAAGCCUACAACUGGAGGCUUGCCGGAUCAUGUUUGCCUCUGAAGUAACGUUUCCCGAAGCGAACCUGGACACUCACGGGAGUCCAUCAUGGUUCAGAGACUUGCUUCUGUCCUCUGACGAGAUUUCUCAACAAGCUCGCUUUGCACCGAUUCGAUCGAGUACAGAAAGUAGACUUUCUGUUUUGAGGGUCAAGGGCAAGAACUCAUUGUUUGAAGAGUGUCCACUGGAGUCACGACUGCAAGCGUUCAUGCGUGAUCGAAGAAUGAGGGCGCUGUCCGAAGUUUCGGAUAGAGAACUACAAAAAGAGGCAGGUCGUAUUGUCAUGCAGAUGGAAAGCGAACUGCAAACGAAGCCCGAGUUUGUUGCAAACUGGUUAAUCGGUUUUCUGUAUAACUCAACAAACUGGAUAAGUGACUUUCGGCGGCGUGCAGACCUUAUGUCAGCCGAUGACAGCUGGAAACUCCCAUUGCCAGGUAAUAUGGCAUGGUCUACUGAGUCUCCAGGUGUACAGGCACAGCAUGAUCUAUCUUGGGUGAACAACUCGUCUCUCUUUGACGGAAAUGACUGGUCUUUCGGAGGGCAAGCUGGACCGUCGGGCACAAGCAUGACCUGGCAAGCAAACGAACCAGCGAAUAACGUUGAUCAAUCCACGUUCGAUGCAUCACUCGAUGACUUUACAUGGCUCUGGUCAGACGAUAAAUCACCACCCAAGAUACCACAAACGACCCCGAGUCCUGGAGCCGAAGGCGAGUCUGGCCUUCGACCGACGUGGCUUGGUCCGGGGAUCUAUGUCUUGAAUGACCCGAAUCACCUCCCGUGGUUUGCACGCGAGAUGAAGAGAUGGGUAAAAGCGGCCAUGUCACCCAAUAACCCAAUCUGUCAUGUUCCUUCGGAUGAGGAGCUUAGACAUCAAGCUCGAUGUCUGCUUUACAAUGAGUAA